GGGCACUGCAGUGACUGUGACCCGCUUUCAAGAUGCAGUGAGGAAGAGGAGAAGAAGGGGGCACCUCAUGAUCAGUGCAGAGAGACACAGAGAGACACACAAGGGGGGAGAGAGAGAGAAAGAGAGAGAGAGACGGCGAGAGAGAGAGAGACGGCGAGAGAGAGAGAGACAGUCAGUCCCACCGUGUUUUCGCAGCAGAGGAACUGGAGUCCAGUCUGGCUGCUUCAGAGGAGACACAGACCCGCUAUGUCCCGAACUGCCUGGUGCAGGGUGACAACACUGAAGGAGAAGCAGCUGAGUUAAUUGCCAUUUCAUCCUAAAGAGGAUUGAUGGACCUCCAUUAUGGCCAAGUGGACAUGAUUCUACAUUCAGCUCCUGUGGCACAAUGUCGAAUAUGAUUUACCUGACUGCCAUUUUGUACUUGCCUGUUUUACUGUUUGAGGCAUUUGUGUUGUCCAAAGGCAAGUAUGAGAGGUCAGUGGUGCCGAGUUCUGCCUCUCGCCUGGUGGCGAGGAUGGACGGGGAUAUUAUAAUCGGCGCCCUCUUCUCUGUUCACCACCAACCAUCAGCUGAGAAGGUGGCAGAUAGGAAAUGUGGGGAGGUCCGCGAGCAGUACGGCAUCCAAAGAGUGGAGGCCAUGUUCCACGCCUUGGAUCGGAUUAACUCUGACCCAAACCUGUUACCCAACAUCUCCCUGGGCUGUGAGAUCAGGGACUCCUGUUGGCAUUCCUCUGUGGCUCUGGAGCAGAGCAUCGAGUUCAUACGAGACUCCCUCAUCUCCAUCCGGGAUGACAAGGACGGCUCCAGGUGGUGCAUCGAGGGGGUUCCUUCCAGUCAGCCUCCACCAACCAAGAAGCCCAUUGCAGGGGUCAUUGGGCCUGGGUCCAGCUCUGUUGCAAUUCAAGUCCAAAACCUUCUGCAGCUGUUUAACAUCCCUCAGAUUGCCUAUUCUGCAACCAGUAUUGACCUCAGUGACAAGACUUUAUUUAAGUACUUCCUCAGGGUGGUGCCCUCAGACACCCUUCAAGCCAGGGCCCUUUUGGACAUCAUCAAACGAUACAACUGGACCUACGUGUCUGCAGUGCACACCGAGGGUAACUACGGUGAAAGUGGGAUGGAAGUGUUCAAAGAUCUCGCCUCGCAGGAAGGCAUCUGCAUCGCCCAUUCUGACAAGAUCUACAGCAACGCUGGCGAGAAGCACUUCGACAGGCUGCUGAGGAAGCUGCGGGAGCGUCUGCCUAAGGCCCGAGUUGUUGUCUGCUUCUGUGAAGGCAUGACAGUCCGAGGGCUGCUCAUGGCCAUGAGACGGCUCGGAGUAGCUGGAGAGUUCCUCCUAAUUGGCAGUGACGGCUGGGCAGACCGAGUCGAGGUGGUCGAGGGAUAUGAACAGGAGGCUGUGGGCGGCAUCACCGUGAAGCUGCAGUCUGAAGAGGUCUCCUCCUUCGACGACUACUUCCUGAAACUCAGGCUCAGCACCAACACCCGCAACCCGUGGUUCCCUGAGUUCUGGCAAUACCGGUUUCAGUGCCGCCUUCCCGGACAUCCGCAAGAGAACAUGAAUUAUGCACGGAACUGCUCAGGUUAUGAGAAUCUGGAGGACAACUAUGUUCAAGACAGCAAGAUGGGCUUCGUCAUCAACGCCAUCUACGCCAUGGCCCACGGGCUGCAUGACAUGCACACUCACCUCUGCCCCGGCCACGUGGGGCUCUGUGAGGCCAUGAAGCCCGUCGAUGGCAGCCACUUACUGGACUUCCUACUCAAGACGACCUUCAUGGGUGUUUCUGGAGAGGACAUAUGGUUCGACGAGAACGGAGACUCACCUGGGAGGUAUGAGAUUAUGAACUUCCAGCGUGUAGAGCCUGGUGUUUAUGACUACAUCAACACUGGCUCCUGGCACGAGGGCUUACUCAGUCUUGACGAUGACAUGUUCCAGAUGAACCACAGUGACAUGGUCCGCUCUGUCUGCAGUGAGCCCUGCUCCAAAGGAGAGAUCAAGGUGAUCAGGAAGGGAGAAGUGAGCUGCUGCUGGAUCUGCACAGCCUGCAAAGAUAAUGAAUACGUCCAGGAUGAGUUCACAUGCAAGGCCUGUGAGCUGGGCUGGUGGCCUGAUGAGGAACUGGAAGGCUGUGAGCCAAUCCCCCUGCGCUACCUGGAGUGGAGUAACCCAGAGUCCAUUAUCCAGGUGGUCUUCUCCUGUGUGGGCAUCCUGGUUACAUCAUUUGUUGCCUUUGUCUUUGUCUUGUACCGCGACACGCCUGUGGUCAAAUCCUCCAGCCGGGAGCUCUGCUACAUCAUCUUAGCAGGCAUCUUCCUGGGCUAUGUGUGUCCUUUCACCCUCAUCGCCCGCCCCACCGUGGCCUCCUGCUACCUCCAGCGGCUUCUCGUUGGACUCUCAGCCGCCAUGUGCUACUCCGCCCUGGUGACCAAAACCAACCGCAUUGCCCGCAUCCUGGCAGGCAGCAAGAAGAAGAUUUGCACCAGGAAGCCGAGGUUCAUGAGUGCUUGGGCUCAGGUGGUUAUCGCCUCCAUCCUGAUCAGUGUCCAGCUCACCUUGGAGGUUACCCUCAUCAUCAUGGAGCCGCCUGAACCCAUCAAAUCCUACCCCAGCAUCAGAGAGGUCUUCCUGAUCUGCAACACCAGCAACCUUGGUGUUGUUGCCCCUCUGGGCUACAAUGGCUUGCUUAUCAUGAGCUGCACCUAUUACGCCUUCAAGACCCGCAACGUCCCCGCAAAUUUCAACGAGGCCAAAUACAUCGCCUUCACCAUGUACACCACGUGCAUCAUCUGGCUGGCGUUUGUGCCAAUCUACUUUGGCAGCAACUACAAGAUCAUCACAACAUCCUUCUCCGUGAGCCUCAGUGUGACUGUGGCUUUGGGCUGUAUGUUCACACCAAAGAUGUACAUCAUCAUAGCCAAACCGGAGCGAAACGUGCGCAGUGCGUUCACCACCUCUGACGCUGUGCGCAUGCACGUCGGCGACGGCAAAAUCGCCUGCCGAAGCAACAGCCUGCUCAACAUGUUCAAGAGGAAGAAGAACGCUGGGAACGGCAGUUCUAAUGGAAAGUCUGUGUCAUGGUCUGAACCAGGUGCAAGACAUCCUCCAAAAGGGGAUCACAUGUGGCACAGACUGUCAGUGCAUGUGAAGAGACAGGAAGCAGGUUCCAAUCAGAUGGCUGUCAUCAAACCCUUAACUAAUACCUACCAUAACACAGCACUGGAGUUCUCAGACCUCAGCACUAAGACUUUGUACAAUGUGGCUGAGGAGGACGAGAGUGAGCCGAUCACAUACAACCCCCCCGCCACUCCCCCCAUGAUGACCCACGGGCAGAUGCCUGCUUGUGGGCUGAUUAAAGAUGUGGGCGAGGAGGUGGAGCUCUAUACCCCUGAGCAUCUUCAGAAAAAUAGUAUUAUCCCCCAACAUGUCAUCGUGGACCACCUACAGGAGGAGGUGGUGGUGCGCAAAUUCAACAGUGACAUCCCUCAGCUCAAUGAUAUGAUAAGCAUGCCUGAGGCCGUGAGCGGCGGCAUGCCCGUGUACCACCAGGCCCACCUCAUCCAGCAGGACCCGGUCCUGCCCGCCCAUCUCGACCCGUUCGACGAGGAGCCCGCCUCCCCUUUAGAGGAGGACGAGAUGGAGAACGAGCAGUUCGGCCUUCUGCACGGCUACAUGUACAACAACGCACAGAUUCACGACGAGGAGGACCUGGUCGAGGUCAAAUUAGCUAUGGGGGACUCUCUGGCUCUGAUGCCCCCCUCCCCCUUCCGAGAUUGCGCUGCUCCUCCCGUGAGCCCCUUCCCCAACUCGCCGGUGUCCGAGUCGAUUCUGUGCACUCCUCCAAAUGUGACAUACGCCUCUGUCAUCCUCAAAGACUUCAAGCAAAGCUCCUCAACUCUGUGAGGGCACACGCUUAAAAUAUUGCCAGUUGUACUAUAUUUUCCAAUUUAUAAUGACUUGUGCUGUAUAUGAUGAUAUAUAUAUAGGAAAAAGUCAUCCUGUGGUCUUACAAGUCAUUUUUCACUCUAUAGAUUAAUAGCUUUUACAUGAUAAGGGUGAAACACAAAGCGCCACAUUUUAAAAUUCUUUUAGAUGUUAGAUGAAAGAAUUUGCCUAUUACAAACAUAUAUUUCUAUGCUAACAUAAGCUUUUAGGAUAAAAAUAGACUUUCUUCUUAUGAGACCAAUAACUAAGAUUGUCUAUGUAUGUACUUUUAUGAAUUAAUGUCAUUUAAAUAGAUUUAUCUGACAAACAUAGGUGAUGUAACAAGCAGGUGAGUUUUAAACAGGGCGACUUAAUGGUGAAUAUAGUUUGUAUGUGACGCAAAACGAUUCAAUUUGACAGUAUUUUAAGAAAAUGUGUUUGUGUUACUCAGUACGUGUUUUAUCAGGAAGAGAAAGACAUGAAGAGAUUUAAAGGACCAGUUUGACAUUUUGGGAAGUAAGCUUAUUCACUUUCUUGUGGAGCAUUGACGACAAGAUUGAUACCACUCUCAUAUUUGUCCAAUGAAUAUAAAGUUACAGUUACAGCCAUUAGCUCAGCUUAACAACGGGGAAACAGCUAGCCUGGCUCUGUCUGAGGUGAUGUACUAGCACCACUAACCACCACUUUUCUGGGAGUUACAGGGGCUAUUUCUUGGCUGGUGCAGUAAUUUCUUCUGCCGGUUGCCUGGAAACCUCAAUGCAUCCAGCCAAAAAAAUACCCCGCCAAGUUUAACUCUCACAGAAUCACAAAUUGUUGUUUGUACACUAUGAUUUUUGUAUGAAACUAACAAGAUCUAUCUUCUGUAAUUACUGAGCUUAAGAGAUACCGGUAGGCAGAUUUUGUUACCUUUGGACAGAGCUAGGCUAGCUGUUUAACUUGUUAGCUAGUCUUUAUGCUAGGCUAAGCUAGGCUAAGCUAACCCGCUGCUGACUGUAGCUCCACAUUUAGUGUAGAGACAAAAGAGUGAUAUCGGUCUUCUCACUGAAAUCUUGGAAAACAGAAAUUUAGCAUCUUUCUCCAAAUAUCAAACUACUUUUUUUUAGGUAGUUCAGAAGAAAAAACUUCUCCUUUCGAAGGAAUUUAAAAGUUGACAUGUCAACAUGAUUUCAUGUUGGAAAAAAAAACAAAACAAUUAUCUGUGAAUUUCUGAUUGAUACAGUACUGCCAGGCGAGUGCACCGUCUGUAUCACGAAUGUAGCAGGACGUUCAAGUGCCACAUUUUCAUUAAGAUGCUUUUUUUUUUCUUUUGUACAUUUAUCUCAUUUCUAUGGUCUUGAAAUGCCAGUGAAACUAGUUUCAAAUUUGUAUCUUUUAUAAUUAGACAUCCGAUUUCAUAAUUGUAUAAAUUUAUGUAUAAGAUAAAUGAUAUACAUAUGUUUUGUGAAUGUAUGAAUUGUGUAUCAUAUUUUGGUAUUCAGAUGAUAUCCGUAUCCAUUACAGUAUUAGACAGAAGUCAUUAGCCGUGUAUGCUUAUAUUGUGUGACUGGCUGUGUACAACAAUCAAUUUCCUAAAUAUUAAGACUUUAACAGCCUAUUGAAACCGUAUAAUGUGAUAAAGCGCUACUGUUAGUAAUAUUCUGAAUAAGCUAUUUGCAGCCUGAUAUAUACACAGUAUAAAUUAAGUCUGCCAUUUUAAACCAAUAUUUACUGUAGAGCAUUUGAAGAAUACUUGUUUGACUGGAGUAAAUUAAAUAUUUUUUAUGCUUUUG